CCUGGGAACGCCAACCCCAGGAGGAGCCCGCCCAUCAACCUGAACCACUAUGCCACCAAGAAGAGCGUGGCAGAGAGCAUGCUGGAUGUGGCCCUCUUCGUGUCUAACGAGCUGAAAGUGGUGCUGGAGCAGGGGCCGUCCUCUCGUCACUACACCACCCUCGUCACCCUCAUCAGCAUCUCUCUGCUCCUGCAGGUGGUCAUUGGAAUCCUCCUCAUGGUCAUUGCUCGACUGAACCUCAACGAGGUAGAAAAGCAGUGGCGACUAAACCAGCUCAACAAUGCAGCCACCACCUUGGUCUUUAUCACCGUCGUCAUCAACAUCUUCAUCACGGCCUUUGGGGCACAUAAGACUGGGUUCCUGGCUGCCAGGACCUCAAGGAGCCCUCUCUGA